AUGGUUGAAUUCUUCUAUCACGACAACAAAGAUACUCCAGAAAACUUUACUGAUGUUCACAACUCAGGGGAACCAGUAAGUGUCGAAGACCUUGAUAAGCUUGGAGUCAAGUACUUCCAUGUUACUAGCACGAAUGAAUUGGACGAUAUUGCGACCAAGAGAAACUAUAAGAAUAGAGACGAGAUAACGUUGAAUUUGGAUUCAUUUGGUGGUGAUGUGGACGCAUUUAAUGCUAAAAUGAAGCAAUUUUAUAAAGAACAUUACCACGAAGACGAAGAGAUAAGAUAUAUUAUUGAUGGGGAGGGAUAUUUUGAUGUGAGAGAUAAGCAGGAUAGAUGGAUAAGGGCAAAACUUGUUCCUAACGACAUGUUGGUUUUGCCAGCAGGCAUUUACCAUCGUUUUACCUUGACUAGUGCGCUCAGAAAGGUCAAGGCAGUUCGAUUAUUUAAAGAUGAGCCAAAAUGGGAGGCCAUUAACAGAGAAACCGGUAGAAAUAGCGAAGCUCGUACCGAAUAUUUAAAUACUAUUGCUGUGUAG